AUGAGGCGUCCUAAAGCGGCGUCGAGGCGGGCCGCCCCGGACUGCGAUGAGUCUCAGAGAGCUGGUGCCGCAAGGGAGGCCCGGAGCCAGGUAGCCGCCGCCCGCCCGCCGCGCAGCCCCGCACCGCCGCUGGCCCGCAGCCGCCAGGGGGCAUGGGAGCGGCGGGCAGCGCCUGCUGAUUGCACCGCGCCCGGCUGCAGGAGGAGCGAGGAGAGAGGAGGCGACAAGAUGGGGGCUGUGGCGGCGGCGCUCUCCGUGGUGCUGAUCCUGGGUCUGGGGAUGCUGCCGAUAGCCCAGGCCUGCCCCCAGCCCUGUGCCUGCUACGUGCCCACCGAGGUCCACUGCACUUUCCGGUCUUUGGCCACCGUGCCUGGGAGGAUCCCGAAACAUGUGGAAAGAAUCAAUUUCGGGUUUAACAGUAUACAGUCAAUAUAUGAAAACUCCCUUGCUGGUCUUACAAAACUGGAAUUGCUUAUGAUACAUGGAAAUGACAUCCAGAAUAUACCUAAUGGUGCUUUGAAAGAUCUCAUAUCUCUCCAGGUUUUCAAAAUUAGUUACAAUAAAUUGAAGGUCAUAACUGGCCAGACCCUCCAAGGACUUUCAAGCUUAAUGAGACUGCACAUGGACCACAACAGAAUUGAGUUUAUUCAUCCAAAUGCUUUUAAUGGAUUAACUUCUCUGAGACUGGUCCACUUAGAAGGGAAUUUACUCCAGCAGCUUCACCCCAACACCUUUUCAACAUUUAUGGUCCUUGAUUAUUUCAGACUGUCAACAGUUAGACAUCUCUACCUAUCUGAAAAUGCUCUUAGGACCUUGCCUGCAGGGAUGUUUCAAGGCAUGCCGCUGCUGGAAAAUCUUUACCUUCAUGGCAAUCCGUGGACCUGUGACUGCAGUUUAAAGUGGCUUCUUGAAUGGAAUGAAGUUUCUGGAGGUGUUUUAAAAUGCAAAAAGGACAAAGCUUAUGAAGGAGGACAGCUCUGUCCUAAGUGCAAUAGCCCAAAACAUCUGCAGAAGGAAGAUAUUCAAAACUUGAAAGAUAUUUCCUGUGGGAAACCUAUCAUUCAGUCUUCAUUGAGGCAGAAUAGCAGCACUCAAAAUGAAGAAGAUGGUGAAAGUUAUGAAGUCCCUCUGGAAGAGAUUCAGUCCUCUCCAUGGAACAUUACUCUAAAUAUGACUGAUGAGCAUGGCAAUGUAGUCCACCUCAACUGUGAAAUCAAAAAACCAACAGGCUCUACCAAAAUUCAGUGGAAUCAAAUCCAGACUCAGGAGAUUGAUCUAAAUGCUACAAUUUCACUGGAUUUUGAGUGUCCAAUGAACCGAGAAAACUAUGAAAAAUUAUGGAAGCUUAUAGCUUAUUACAGUGAAGUACCUGUCAAAUUAGAGAGGGAACUUAUGCUCAGCAAAGAGCCUAAAAUAAGCUAUCGUUACAGGCAAGGCUUAGAUUAUGAUGCUCUUUACUACACAGGAGUAAAAGCUCAAAUACUGGCUGAGCCUUCCUGGGUGAUGCAACCUCUUAUAAAUAUCCAAUUAAACAGACGUCAAAGUACAGGGAAAAAGGUGUUGCUAUCUUUUUCUACUGUGUUUUCUCAGACAAUUCACACCAAAGACACUGGGCAGCAGAGAAGCUGGAUAAUGAUAGAGCAAAACCAGAGCACAAGAACAGCACAGAGUGUGGUGGAAGGGUCAGAAUGUCAGCUGAGCUGCAAUGUGAAAGCUUCUGAGAGCCCUUCCAUUCAGUGGCUCUUUCCAGAUGGAACUAAACUGCAGGUGCCAUUUAAUGAGAAAAACAGUCGAUUUUCCAUUCUUAGCAGUGGCCAGCUAAUAAUCAAAUCAGUGAGUUACACUGAUGGUGGUCUGUACCACUGCAUUGCACAGGUGAGAGAUGAUGUUGACAUAAUGACUUUCAGACUUGUGGUGCAGCCUCCAUCUAUUCAGGUAGCUGAUUCAGAUAUAGCGAGAGUUGAAAAAAAUGUUGGAGAUCCAAUAGUUUUGCCAUGCAGUGCAGUUGCUAUCCCAGAGCCACAGCUGAGCUGGAUUCUUCCAAACAGUCAGGUACUUAAUGAUUUAUCAAACUCUUCAAAAGGAUAUAUGUUGGACAAUGGUACUUUGCUUAUUCCAAAAAGCCACGUCAGUGAUAGUGGCCACUAUAGAUGUGUGGCUGUCAAUCAGCAGGGAUCAGAUCAGUUUGUUGUAAGAGUUACAGUAAAUAAAAUGGUGUCCGACAGGUCAUUUAAAAGGGUAAAGCUAAAAAAACGCCCAGGCUCAAAAAGUUUGUCAAAAAAAAGAGGGCAUGUCAUAGAUGAUGGAGAGGGAUCAGGAGCAGAAGGAGUGGAGGAGUUCCCUCGGAGAAAAAACCACCUGAAAGACUGGGAAAUAUCCUUUAAACAAAAAAGUGACCAUGUGACAGAGGCUCAAAUUAAAAAAGGAAAGAAAAGCAGAAGAAAAAUGAAAAUCUGGAAGAGUACUGAUAGAAACGAAGACAGCAAUGUUGCAGAAGGCCGGAGAGCAUUUGAAUCUCGACGGAGAAUUAACGUGGCAAGCAAGCAGAUUAACCCACAGCAUUGGGCUGACAUUUUGGCAAAGGUCCGUGGGAAGAAUAUUCCUAGAACAACAGGUACAGCCAUUUCUUUAACAACUGCAGUGCCAUCAGUCAUGCAGAGAACUACUCCAGUCCCUCACCCAAUAGCCAGCCCUCCACCUUCAGGAGCAACAGCUGAUGUGGUAGAUUCCUCUGCUGAUGCAUCAUCUGUGGGUCAAGAUGAGCCAUUCUCAGUCACCGUUUCCCACAACACUAAAGCAUUUUCAGUCCAGUCCAUAUUAACAAGGUCAGAAACUCAACCCUUCUCUGACCACGGGGAUUUAGAAACACCUGCAAGUAUAUACCCUGUAGAAAUCACUGUAUCAGGUCUUCAUUUGACUCCUGUCUCUGCAACUGUGCAACCCCAAAGCCAGAAGCGUCUUGAUGUCAGGACUGAUGAUUCAGUUGUAGUCAAAGAAGAUAUCUCUCCUCUCACUGAAGAGCCUCUAAUGAGACAAAUUGUAACAAACUUCCCUAAGAUUCAGAGCAGCCCAUUCACAGUGGAAAAUAUAGAUAGGAGUGUACCUUCUACAUCAGAAGAGAAUUCUGCUUUUGCUGAGCUACCACUGGAUGCUACUCUCCUAGACGAAUAUCAGACUGCAGAUCUUCAUAGUGUCUUGAAGACAACUGUGAAAUUAAAUGAAGUGGACCAAAUAAGUGUUGACACCAUAAUUUCAACACCUUCUCCGUUAGAUGAGAUCAUCCCAACAGAUUCUGUAGACAUGACUACCAUUUCUUCAACCAUUUCUCCAUUUGUUGCAGAAAAAAGCAAUGACUUGAUACACCAGCACAAAGAAAUAGCUACAGAUCAGACAAAAAUGGCAGGCAUAAAUACAAGUUUUCCAGCUGUCACAUCCAUUAGAGUUCAGAGCAAAGAAGAACCUGACACCUACAGGAAUAUAGUAACUCAAGAAAGCAUGUCCAGCCAUGAUGCAGAGAGUUUCCAGGGAAGACACAGAAACUUGGCUACUCCAAAACCAGAUACCGUAUUUGUUUUGCAUAGUACUAAUGCUCAUCAUAAAACAGCAGGGGGGAUAAAAUCUGCCUCUGCUGACAUUAGGUUGACCACUGUGGCAACAACAACAGCUCCCUAUAGAAAAACCAUGCCUCCACUUGUUACUCAGCACACUAGAAAAAGGCCUUAUGGGAGAAGGAGAUUGAGGCCAAACAGAAUCCGACAAAAAGCAAAGUCUUUCCACCGCAUUGUUUUAACCACAGAGGCAAUACCUACUGUUCCAAAGACACCUGUAGUUGAAGCUGUGACCAAAAUCCCUUCUGCAACUCUUGAAAGCCCUGAUCUUACAAGCAAUGUCAAAAUAUGGGCUAAGCAAGAGGAGCAUGUGGCAUUCAUUCCUUCAUUAGUUACUAAUCCAGAUGUCUUUGAGAAAAUUACCAAAAUCAAAGAGGCUGUCACAACCUCUAGGCCUACUGCUUCUCCACCUCAAGAAAAACAUGUGACACUCUCUACUGCUUCUGAAACCUUGGCACUUCCAGUGACUGCACCUAUCACAAUUUUAUCAUCACAUGUUGUACAUGACACAGGAUCCAGGAAAGAAUCAAGUGCACCUCUGAAACCAGAGCUAAUAGAAGUGCCAGCAUACACCUCAUUAGACAAUGUAUCUGAGGAGAAGGGCAUUAAAGCAGAUUCUAAAACGACGGACAGUAAGGCAGAACAACUGCGCACAACAGUUUCUCCUAAGCAUCUAAACAGCUUGAUACUAUCUACAAAACCAGAAUCUCAAGAGCCUUACCUAUUUGACUCAGAAGGUGUGGUUAACGAAACAACUGCUGAAACAUUCCAGUUGAUAUAUCCCACCACAACUGACUUAGGUAUUUCUGUUGGAACACUGGAAGGUUUUAAGGACAUCUCCGUUUCAGUGGAGUCAUGGAAGCCCACAGUAUCUUUAGAAACACCAGGAAUAAGUGAGCCAACUCAGCAACAUGAGAUGAUUACUUCAUCCUCCUCCUCCAGAAGGACAGAAACUCAGACUUUUCCACUUAGAGAAACAAAAAAAUUUGUUGCUUCUCAGACUGAGACAAAGCCAUCUUCCUCAGAAAGCAAGGAAGCCAUGUCAAAAGUAUUUCAUCAUAAUCCCACAUUGCAAACAACUGAAAAGCCUUCAACCACAUCCACUGCCUUUAUUCCUUUUAUAAAACUUGUCACUCUUCUACCUUCUGUUUCACAUCCUUCACUUCAUUAUGGCACUGAGGAAAGUAAUACCUUCAAUCAAGAAAGCCUCACAGAAGAAAAACAAAUUGAAACAGAUGGGGACAAAAUGGUAGUGAGAUCAAGGUGGAAUGUGCAUCCUACCCCUUCUACCCAAAACAAAAUAAGCAUGCAGUCAAAAGAGGAGCAAUUCAAAGAGUUAUAUAGUAGCAUGUCAAACAACAGUUUAUUGAUAAAUCCAAACAUUCCACAUCCACCUGCUGGAAUGAUACCAAGCCUAAACCAAAGGCUACCCGUUGUGCCUCCAAAGCAUGUUCCAGUAAGAGGCGCAAUGAAGCCUCCAUAUAUUGCAACACAAGGUUCAUUUCGCUAUUUUGUAACACACCAGCCUCUUCACUACACAAACAAACCAGAGAUAACGGCAUAUGCAGCACAUACCAUACAGGACAAAAAAUCUUUUGCUUCUCAGAAAGAAGCAGCUACCCCAACACAAGCCUCUCUAUUUCACAAAACAAAUCCAAUCACUGCAAGCAAGUUUGGUAUUCAGGGUCAGAACAGAUACAACAUUAGUUCAAGAUUUUCCGGAAGUAACUAUGUUCCGGAUAACAGAAGCACAGUAGGGAGACUACCAAGUCAGUGGAUCCCCUAUUAUCCUAGUUCCAGAAUGCCUUUCCUUUUCAACAGAACAAGGAUAUACCCUCACUUAAAUAUGCAUCCUAAACCAGUGGUCCCUAGUCAACCAGUUCCAAAAGACAUAAAUGAGAAGAAGGCUGACCAGGUCUCCCCUACUAGCAUUACAGUGCAGAAAGCUACAGCUAUUCCAGUGCCUCCAGUGUCACACACCACAACCACCACAUUUCCACCAGCAGCAAUUUUGAAGAUUACCCCUUCAACCUUUCUCUCUCAGCACACAAAACCUCAACUGUCCACUACAGUUCACCCAGUUAAAAAUGUGCAGCAUCAUCAUCAAGUUCCAUCUGUGCCGUAUGUGGGAGGCAUUCUGCCACACAAUUCAACUGUAUUCCAGUCUUCCAAUAAUUUCAGGAUUCAUGGAGAAAGACCUAAAAUAAUCACAAAAGGGUCUCAGAGCUUCAGCAUUCUUGCUGAAACAGAUACUUCUAUCCCUUGUGAUGCAGUAGGGGAACCCAGGCCUUUUAUUACUUGGACAAAAGUCUCUACAGGAGCUCUAAUGACAGCCAACACCAGGUUACAAAGGUUUGAAGUCUGGAAAAAUGGUACUCUCCUUAUCCGAAAUGUUCAGCUUCAGGAUCGUGGACAGUAUUUGUGCACAGCUCAGAACCAGCAUGGCGUAGAUAAAAUGAUCAUUCUGCUCACCGUUGUAGCCCACCAGCCCAAAAUUUUACUUUCCCGCUAUCGGGAUGUCACAGUCUAUUUUGGAGAGACCAUAACAAUGGAAUGUCAGGCUAGUGGGACUCCCAGCCCACAUAUUUCAUGGAUUUUCCCAGAUAGGAAGAUUUUGCAGACAGUCACUACCACAGAAAGCAGGAUAAUGCUUCAUGAAAAUCGGACCUUGUCUAUCAAGCAAGCAACUUUUUCAGACCGAGGAGUUUACAAAUGCAUUGCAAGCAAUGCUGCAGGAGCUGACAGUAUCGCAGUGAGGUUGCACAUUGCAGCCUUACCCCCCAUCAUCCAGCAGGAUAAGCAAGAGAACAUUUCCUUGCCCCUUGGUAGCACUAUUAAUAUCCACUGCACUGCCAAAGCAGCACCUCCUCCCAGCAUCCGCUGGGUGGUCUUUGAUGGCACGCAAAUCCGACCUUCGCAGUUUGUCAAUGGGAAUUUAUUUGUUUUUCCCAAUGGAACUCUUUAUAUUCGCAACAUCUCCCCCAAGGACAGUGGGACCUAUGAGUGCAUUGCUGCUAACAUGGUGGGAGCUGCCAGGAGAAUAAUACAACUUCAUGUGAAGAAGCAUGCAUCUAAUGCUAAGAUCACUGGGAGCUCUCCUCAGAGGACAGAUGUAACUUACGGCACCACCCUGCAUUUGGACUGUAGUGCUUCUGGUGACCCCUGGCCUCGGAUAUUAUGGAGAUUGCCUUCCAAAAGGAUGAUUGAUUCCUUACACAGUAGCUUGGAGACUAGAAUCAAAGUGUUCAGCAAUGGGACUUUGGUCGUCCACUCAGUUACAGAUAAAGAUGCAGGAGACUAUUUGUGCAUAGCCCGCAAUAAGAUCGGGGAUGACUAUGUGGUCCUCAAAGUGAAUGUGAUGAUGAAACCAGCAAAAAUAGAACAUAAGAAUGAUAAUAACCACAAGGUCAAGUAUGGAGGGGACCUGAAAGUUGACUGUGUAGCUACAGGUCUACCGAAUCCUGAGAUCUCCUGGGGUCUCCCUGAUGGCAGCAUGAUCAAUACCUUCAUGCAGUCAGAUGACAGUGGCAGCCGGACAAAGCGAUAUGUGGUCUUCAAUAAUGGAACCUUGUAUUUCAACGAUGUUGGACUGAGAGAGGAAGGGGACUACACAUGUUAUGCUGAGAACCAGAUUGGGAAGGAUGAGAUGAAAGUGCGGGUCAAAGUAGUAGCCGAGCCUGCAACUAUCAAGAAUAAAACAUACGCCAUUAUCAAUGUACCCUAUGGUGAUGUUAUCACAGUAGCAUGUGAAGCCAAAGGAGAACCCACUCCCAAAGUCACCUGGUUCUCCCCAUCCAAUAGACCCAUUCCUGCCCUAUCUGAUAAGUACCAGGUAUAUAGGGAUGGCACCCUCCUCAUCCAAAAGGCCCAAAGAUCUGACAGUGGUAACUACACUUGUGUAGCGCGAAACAAUGCUGGAGAAGAUCGGAAAAUUGUCUGGAUCCAUGUUAAUGUUCAGCCUCCCAGAAUUAAUGGUCAUCUCAGUGCAAUAACAUCUGUGAGAGAGAGAGCUGUCAGGGACAGCAGGAAACUUAUUGACUGCAAAGCUGAAGGCAUCCCUGCUCCACAGGUAUUAUGGGCUUUUCCAGAAGGAGUAAUCCUACCAGCUCCCUACUAUGGGAACAGAAUCACUGUGCAUAGCAAUGGUACAUUGGACAUCAGAGAGGUGAGGCAGACAGACGCAGUGCAGCUCAUAUGCAUCGGACGGAAUGAAGGAGGGGAAGCAAGACUGAUUGUGCAGCUCUUCAUUACAGAUGACAUGGAGAAACCCUCAUUCAGAGACCCUGUCAGUGAAAGGAUCACUGCCAUUGCUGGGCACAGCAUCAAUCUGAACUGCUCAGUCCAGGGGAACCCCAAACCCAGCACAAGCUGGAUCCUUCCCAAUGGCACUGAAGUGCUGAGUGGCAGCCGCCUGCACAGAUUUUACCAUAAGAGGGAUGGGAUCUUACACAUCAGCAGCCUCUCUGCUGGGGAUGCUGGAACGUACCGCUGUACAGCUAGAAACCCAGGAGGCUAUGUGGAACGAGUAGUCUUCCUGAAGGUGGGACUCAGGCCAGAAAUUAGCAACCAGUACAACAACCUAGUGAGCAUCAUCAAUGGAGAAACUCUGCAGCUCCAUUGCAUCACCCAGCCAAACCAGCGGGCACAGAUCUCCUGGACACUGCCCAAUGGGAUGGUUAUGGAUGCUCCACAAGCACUGGGUCGCUUUUCCCUGAUGGAGAAUGGCUCACUGACAGUGCGCGAGGCUUCUGUAUUUGACAGGGGCACUUACCUGUGCAAGGUGUCCACAGAGUAUGGCACCUCUGUUAUGAAUGUGCCUGUCAUUGUGAUAGCCUAUCCUCCCCGAAUCACCAGUGAGCCAGCACCUGUCAUUUAUGCCAGGCCUGGAAAUUCAGUAAAACUGAACUGCAUGGCCAUUGGGAUUCCUAAAGCAGAAAUAACAUGGGAGCUUCCAGAUAAAUCUCAUUUGACAACGGGAGCUCAAUCCCGUCUGUAUGGAAACAAAUUCCUCCACCCUCAGGGGUCAUUAGUCAUCCAGCAGUCUUCUCAAAGGGAUGCAGGCUUCUAUAAAUGCACUGCUAAAAAUAUACUAGGCAGUGAUUCAAAAACAACCUACAUACACAUAUUCUAA